AUGACCUCCGUCCAGGAUUCCUUCAUCUUUGGCAAUAUCCUCUCGACCCGGGAAUCCUCCGCAGUGUGGUCCGACAAGACACGCACGCAAUGCUACCUCGCCUUCGAAGGGGCGCUGGCCAAAGCCCAGGCACGUCUAGGGAUAAUCCCACAGCGAGCGGCCGACGAGAUCAUCAAGUUCUGUCUCGACAUCCGCAACGUCGACUUUGAAGAACUGCGCGCGCAGACCGAACUCAUCGGCUACCCGGUCCUCGGCGUGGUCAAGCAGCUCGUGGCACACGUCAACGCCGUCGAACCGGGGCUGGGCGAAUGGGCGCACUGGGGCGCGACGACCCAGGACGUCACCGACACGGCGACGGUGAUCCAGCUCUGGGACACGAUAGCGCUGUUCGAGAAGGCACUCGACCGGAUCAUCUCGUCCCUGCGCACGCUCGCCGACCAGCACAAGACCACGCCCAUGGCGGCGCGGUCGAACCUCCAACAGGCCGUGCCCAUGUCGUUCGGGUUCAAACUGGCCCGUCUCCUCGCCACGUUCCUGCGACACCGCGAACGGCUCAAGGACGUCGAGACGCGGUUGACGGUCCUCGAGUUCUCGGGCGCGGCGGGGACGCUCGCGACGCUCCCGCCGACGCCCGACCACCCCCAGCUCGGGCUGGAGUGUCAGCGCGAGCUCGCGCGGGACCUCAACCUCAAGGUGCCCGAGAUAGCGUGGCACACGGAGCGCGACCGGAUCGCCGAGUUCGGGUCUGUGUGCGCGAUGCUGGCGUCGACGUGCGCCAAGUUCGCGCUCGACGUCAAACUGCUCGCGCAGACCGAGGUGAACGAGGUUUCGGAGCCCUACGUCCCGCACCGCGGGUCGAGCAGCACCAUGCCGCAGAAGCGCAACCCGAUCUCGUGCGCCUACAUCACCGCCAUGUCGGCCACGGUGCGCCAGCUCAGCACGUCGCUGUUCGAGGCCAUGGUCGAGGACCACGAGCGCAGCACCGGCCCCUGGGAGAUCGAGUGGAUUGUGCUCCCGCAGAUCUCGACCCUGACCCACGCCUCGCUCAAGCACACCGCCGACCUGCUCGAGGGGCUCGAGGUCCACGAGGACGCCAUGAAAGCCAACCUCGACAUAUCCAACGGCGCCGUCGUCUCCGAGGCCGUCAUGAUGGGCCUCGGCCCGGAACUGGGGAGGCAGUACGCCCACGACGUCGUCUACGAUCUGUGUCGCCGCUCCCAGGUCGAGAAGAGGCCGUUGCUGGACUUGCUGUGCGAGAACGACGAGAUCGCCAGCAAGAUGAGUAGGGAGCAACUGGCCAAGCUGUGCGAUCCAGCCAAUUAUCUGGGCUACAGCGACGUCAUGGUCGAGAGGGUUUUGAAGUUGGCCGAUGAGCCCAAGGUGGAUAGGAAGGCCAGUCUCGUAUGA